GGUUUGAUUGUGUUAUAAUUUUUUAAUUAUGAAUGUUUGAUGCUGAUUAUAGUUUAUUAUUGUUUUAUGAUGUUUCGAUUAUGGUUAUUUGAGCAAUAAUUACUUUUUGAGACAAAUUCUUUUAUUAUCAUGGUUUGAUUAUGGAUCCAAAUAAAAAUUUUGAUUGCACAAGAGCCACGUAAAAAAAUUUUCAAGCCAUAAAAAAAAUUGUUUAAUUGAAAUUCGGAUUAAAAUGGAUUCCGAAUAAGCAGACCUGAUUUUACAGGGGUUAUUCAGGUUGGUCUGAAUUUUUAAAAGAAUUGGAUCGGUAAAGUCAUUCCUCUUUAUUUCGGGCAUCGGGUUUUGACCCAACCCGACGGUUGCUCACCCCCUGUGUACUGCCUGGACUAAACAUUAAAUAUUUUUGUCUAUUGAUUGUAUGUCAACAGUGAAGGUUAGUGUGACAUUUAUCUGCAUUUGACACAUUAUUAUAAUAAUUAAUUAAAUUGUAAUUGUAAUAAAUUGCUUUUGUCUACUUGGAACUUGCAAGAAUCUCGUAAAUAGAACCCGGUGGAAAAAAUUAUAAAAAAAGAACAAAACAUUGCAAGAAUCUGGGGUAUAGAGUUGCAUCUGCAAGAACGAUAGACAAAACGAAAAGAAUACUCUCCUCAUCUGCGAUUCUUCCAGCUAUAUCAAUGGCUUGCCAUACUCUUCAGAAUCACGAUCAUCAACAAGAAAAUCUGCUGCCACAAGUCCUAGUCCUUGAACCGCCACCUCUCUUCAAAUUCCAUGAGGACCAAUUGUCCCAAAAGUUCCGUUUCUUGAAGGCAUGGGAGUCGCCUCUUCCUCUCAACCAAUUCUUGAUCUCUCAUGCAAGUUCUAUCCAAGUUCUGCUGUCUUCAGGAACCUGUCCAGUUACAGCGGAUACCCUCCGGCUGCUUCCGUCACUCCGGGUUCUUGUCACCACAAGCGCCGGUCUCAACCACAUAGAUCUGCAAGCUUGUCGAGAACGAGGGAUCCCCAUAGCCAGUGCUGGUAGCGUGUAUUCUGAAGAUGUUGCAGAUAUAGCAGUAGGACUGUUGAUUGAUGUAAUACGAAAGAUUUCUGCUUCUGAUCGAUAUGUGAGACAAGACUCAUGGCCCAUCAAAGGAGACUCUCCUCUUGGCUCUAAGUUGAGAGGCAGGCAAGUCGGGAUUGUUGGAUUGGGAAACAUUGGAUUAGAAGUUGCAAAAAGGCUAGAGGCCUUUGGCUGUAAUAUCUUAUACAACUCAAGGAAGAAGAAGCCGUCUGUAAUUUAUCCAUACUAUUCAAAUGUGUGUGAACUCGCAGCUAAUUGCAAUGUUCUUAUUAUUUGCUGUGGAUUAUCGAAACAAACCCACCAUUUGAUUAACAAGGAAGUGUUAUCAGAGCUGGGAAAAGACGGAGUGAUUAUUAAUGUUGGACGCGGAGCAAUUAUAGAUGAGCAAGAAAUGGUGCAGUGUUUGAUGCAAGGAACGAUUGCAGGUGCUGGGUUGGAUGUGUUUGAGAAUGAGCCUAACGUUCCUAAAGAACUCGUGGAAUUGGACAAUGUUGUGCUAUCUCCGCACAGAGCUGCCCAUACCAGUGAAACUUUAAUGGAUUUGUGCCAACUUGUUAUAGGAAAUCUGGAAGCUUUCUUUUCCAAUAAACCUUUACUCUCUCCUGUUAGAAAUGAUUGAAUGCUACAAUAUGCCGCUCUAAUUCUUCUGUUUUUAAAUAUUAGUUGAUUAUAAUAAAGGCUCCGUUUGUGAGAUUGAUUAUUGAUA